CCCGAAGCAGCAGGCCAAGAUGGCAGAGUAUUGUCGGCUGAUCUUCGGGGAUGCCCUUCUCAUGGAGCCCCUGGAAAAAUACCCACUGGAAUCUGGAGUUCCUCUUCCAAGCCCUAUGGAUUUAAUGUACAAAAUUUUGGUGAAAAAUAAGAAGAAAUCACACAAGUCGUCGGAAGGAAGCAGCAAAAAGAAACUCUCAGAACAAGUCUCAAACACGUGCAGUGACUCCUCCAGCGUGUUCGAGCCCUCGUCUCCCGGAGCCGGGGAAGCUGAUACGGAGAGUGACGACGAUGACGAUGAUGAUGACUGUAAAAAGUCUUCAAUGGAUGAGGGGACUGCUGGGAGCGAGGCCAUGGCUACAGAAGAGAUGUCUAACCUGGUGAACUAUAUUCAGCCAGUCAAGUUUGAGUCAUUUGAAAUUUCAAAAAAAAGAAACAGAAGUUUUGAAAUGUCUUCCUUCGUGGAAACCAAAGGACUUGAGCAGCUGACGAAGUCUCCAGUGGAAUUUGUAGAAUAUAACAAAAUGCAGCUUAGUAGGAUAUAUCCAAAAGGAACUCGUGUAGAUUCAUCCAACUAUAUGCCUCAGCUCUUCUGGAAUGCAGGCUGUCAAAUGGUUGCCCUUAAUUUCCAAACAGUGGACCUGGCUAUGCAGAUCAAUAUGGGGAUGUAUGAAUACAAUGGGAAGAGUGGCUACAGAUUAAAGCCAGAGUUUAUGAGGCGACCUGACAAGCAUUUUGAUCCAUUCACCGAAGGCAUCGUAGAUGGGAUAGUAGCCAACACUUUGUCUGUUAAGAUCAUUUCGGGUCAGUUUCUUUCUGAUAAGAAAGUCGGGACUUAUGUGGAAGUGGAUAUGUUUGGUUUGCCUGUGGACACGAGGAGGAAAGCAUUUAAGACCAAGACAUCCCAAGGAAAUGCUGUAAAUCCCGUCUGGGAGGAAGAACCCAUUGUGUUCAAAAAGGUGGUUCUUCCUUCACUCGCCUGUCUGAGGAUAGCAGCUUAUGAAGAAGGAGGAAAAUUUAUUGGUCACCGGAUCUUGCCAGUACAAGCAAUUCGGCCAGGCUAUCACUACAUCUGUCUGAGGAAUGAGAGGAACCAGCCUCUGAUGCUGCCAGCUGUCUUUGUCUACAUAGAGGUGAAAGACUACGUUCCAGACACCUAUGCAGAUGUGAUUGAAGCUUUGUCAAAUCCAAUUCGAUAUGUGAAUCUGAUGGAGCAGAGAGCUAAGCAACUGGCUGCUUUGACACUGGAAGAUGAAGAAGACGUAAAGAAAGAGCCUGAUCCUGGGGAAACAUCGUCAGAAGCUCUGAGUGAAGCCGGGACGACUCCAGCAGAAAAUGGAGUAAAUCACACUACAUCCCUGGCACCCAAACCUCCCUCCCAGGCCAUCCACAGCCAACCUGCUCCAGGCCCUGGAAAGGCACCUGCGAAAACAGAAGAUCUUAUUCAUAGCGUUUUAACAGAAGUGGAAGCGCAGACUAUUGAAGAGCUAAAGCAACAGAAGUCGUUUGUAAAACUUCAAAAGAAGCACUACAAAGAAAUGAAAGAGCUGGUUAAGAGACACCACAAGAAAACCACGGACCUUAUCAAGGAGCACACUACAAAGUAUAAUGAAAUUCAGAAUGACUACCUGAGAAGGAGAGCGGCUUUGGAAAAGACAGCCAGGAAGGAUAGUAAGAAAAAAUCGGAACCCAGCAGCCCUGACCACGGCUCAUCAACCAUUGAGCAAGAUCUGGCUGCCCUGGAUGCCGAAAUGACCCAGAAGUUAAUAGACUUGAAGGACAAGCAACAACAGCAACUGCUUAAUCUUCGACAAGAACAGUAUUAUAGUGAAAAAUACCAGAAGCGAGAACAUAUUAAACUGCUUAUCCAAAAAUUGACGGAUGUUGCUGAAGAAUGUCAGAACAAUCAGUUAAAGAAGCUCAAAGAAAUCUGUGAGAAAGAGAAGAAGGAAUUAAAGAAGAAAAUGGAUAAAAAGAGACAAGAGAAGAUCACAGAAGCUAAAUCCAAAGACAAAAGCCAGAUGGAAGAGGAAAAGACAGAGAUGAUCCGGUCAUACAUCCAGGAGGUGGUGCAGUACAUCAAGAGGUUAGAAGAGGCACAAAGUAAAAGGCAAGAAAAACUCGUAGAGAAACACAAGGAGAUACGUCAGCAGAUCCUGGACGAAAAGCCCAAGCUGCAGGUGGAGCUGGAGCAAGAGUACCAAGACAAGUUCAAAAGACUGCCCCUGGAGAUUCUGGAGUUCGUACAGGACGCCAUGAAAGGGAAGAUCAGUGAGGACAGCAAUCACAGCUCUGCCCCUUCCUCCCUGGCCUCUGAUGCUGGAAAACUGAACCACAGGUCUCCCUCCAGUGAGGAACUGGAAGGAGAGCGCCCGGGAAAAGAGUUUGACACUCCUCUGUGAGUGUUCCUGCCAGGCCUUUGGAACAUGCAUGGCCUCUCAAGCUCCAUCGGACUCUCUCUUAUUACAAAGAUCACUGCCCAGAGCAUCUUCCCGAGAAGCAUCCCUUAGUCCAAAAUCCACACCAAAACGAGAGUUCCAGAAGGAUCCACGCAGACGUCCCCAGGCCCAGGCGCCAUGUGCAAUGUGGAAACAAAUGCAGGUCUACUAGUGUAGAGUGCAUGUAUGUGGGAUUUUUGUUUUCUUUCCAAUAGUAAACUCAACGCAGGCAACUUCCAGGCUGCAUGGACCAUCUAAUGAAGGACUGUGUCUUCUUUGAAGAAAAUCAAGCUCAUGUUUUUAUUUGAAGCUCUGGUAUAAAAUAGUUGCAAAGUAAUAGAAAUAGUUUGAGAAAUGCAUAUCAUUAUUUAACACUAUUGAACAACCCACUUUGAAUAUUGUUUUCCUACCUGCCACUCAACUACCGUAUCUUCAAUUUAACGUGCAUUUUUUGAUUGUUUCGUCCUUUGCUUUGCAAGCACUGGUGGCUUGCAGUCUGCUAAUUUAUUUAUCAUAGAUGCCUCAGUGUAUUUGUUGCUGAUAUGGCUUUCUCAGAUAUCAUAGUGAUUAAAAUAAGCUGGUUUUCUCUCCUGAAAAAAAAAUUACGUGAUUGUAUCUUUGCCCAGUGAAGUUAUUCCCAGACUUGGCAGUAUGGUUCAUACAUCUGGCUGCAUGAGCAGGUUGGCCACACUCCUCCAGCCAGUGGGCUAUCCGAGUUGACUAUUUGCACUCAAAGUCUGGGUAUUCAUUAGUCGUUGGCCUGAAAUGUAUAAAUAACUACAUAGAAUAUGUUCAGUUGAAUAAAAAUAUUUGAGCCAACAUAUGUUGAGCAGAGAUUCAAUUAGACUAAACAGGUCCCAGUGGUUCUUAAUGUCUGACAUUAUUUUAUGGUUCCUUUAUUUUUAAUAGUGAUAAAGAUUGAAUAUUUAUCUAAAGAAUACACAGACCCAUAUAUAAAUGAUAUAUAUUAUCUCUAUGUAUAUAUGUACACACUCAGCCAUAUAAAUACAGACACAUGCACUACACACACACACACUCACACACACACAUUCAUUUGAUUGUUGAUGUGUGACAAUGACCCAAAACUCUUCCACAAGACUUAAAACCAAAUUUAGGGAUAAGUGGACAGAGAUGAAAAUGAUCAAACAUCUAGAUUUCAUGGAUAAAUCAUUGAUAUUUUAAGAAACAAUUGAUGGAGUUAUUGAUGCAAGUUGAAUUAGAUUUAGAAUUUAGAAUGUGAAUUUGAUAUAUAUUUUGCAGGAUCAAAACUGGAUUUUAAACCUGUUUGAAUAAUCAGAAUAGACAAAAAUAUAUAUGACAGAAAUAUGGGAAUGUAUUAGUAUCUUCCAUAAUUAUUAAAUCUGAGAGAUUUCAUUUUUACUAUAACAUAAAAAAUACUUCAUUUAUAUAUUUAUUAUAUACAUUUAAUUCAUUUAACUGUGUCUUUUUGUUAAGUUCUUAUAUUAGGUGGCAUGAGAAAAACAAAGCAUAUCAAGGUAAAACUGAUCAAAAACAUUAUUGAAAAGUCUUAAAUAAGAGAGACUAAUUAUAUAAAGGAAAACAUAGUUUAGAGAGUAACACAAAGAACAUUGAAGUUAAAGCCCUGAAGCAAGAUGCUCACAGCUUUAGCUUAAAAUAAACCUGCCUGAUUGUAGCUUAGCAAAACAUUUUAAAACACAAAGCCAGUUGUGUCCUAAAAAUUAUUUCAAGAAUUUAAUAUUUUUAUGGAAAUCACUUUAUUUAACUUUAAGCAAUAACUAAGGAUCACAAUUAAGUUUUAAUCAAAAUGAAGGCUUAGUUCAAACAUUAGGAAAAAGUGUUUGAUUAAAAACACACAUCUAGUGAGACACAAGGAGGAAAAUCCCAUCCUCUUUGGAAAUGAUAGUAUUUUGAUCUGAAAAGAUUUGGGGUGUUAAUUAGACACUUAAUACAACUUAACUUCCAUUGAAAGAGAUAUCUUUUGUACAUCAUUCUACUUUUGCACUUUGAAAGAAAGGCAUUGAUCAUAAGGAAGUAAGAAUGGUCAAAAUCGAAUGCUGCAUUUUUAUAAACAAAAUUACAGACUGUCUAAAAUUGCAGAAGCGUCAACUAAUAAUAGCAUUCAUAACCAAACGCAAUAGUGAUUAUUACCGUAUAUUGUAUUACAUUUAGUCCAGAGAUAGACUAAGGUUGAAUAACCUUGACUUACACAAAACUCUUUUGGUAGUUGCAUUUCAUUAUCUUAGUGACUCUAAUAUGUUUGUAUUUGGCCAUUGAUUGUAACCACAUUUUUAUAUCUGUGCAAUGACACUUUUGCAGUUGUGGGGUAGUGUGUAACACUGUCCAUCUUGCAUCAUCGAAAUUACUACAGUGAUAUUAUCAUUUAACAAUAUUAAUAUUACUUGAAAUAGACAAAGGGAAGGAAAAGGGGUCUAUAUGAUGUGCAGUUUUGUGCCUUUAUGUAUUUGCCUUGUUCUUUGUUGAAUGUGUGAAAUUCUGUACUGUGGUUUUUCCUAUAAUAGAGAGUAGAGCUGUGUAUUAAAUUAGCCUGUGCCCCUCUGGUACCUGUACACUACUGAGAAUAGCGUGGUUUUGGCCGUGUAAACCCAUUUUCAAAGUUCUGAUGACAUGCCAUGUGAUUUGGUUUUUAACAUUUCACUUUAACAUUUCCAUAUCACCAUGCAUCAAUUACUAUUCCUGUAAUAGUUAAGCAGUCAUUAAAUAAUUCCGAAAGAAAGGGCCAUUGCUUGCAUUACUUUGAAUUUAAUGUUGUGCUUGGCACUGUAUAAAUAUUGCUUGUGAUGGAUUAGAUAUCGUGACCUUUGCCUUUUCAGAAGAAAAAAAAAGGACAAAGUAUUUGAAGCUCUUAAAAUGUACAUAUUUUGGUUCUCCUAUCUCAAAUUAUUUAAAAAGCAUAAUUCACAUUUUUGUAAUAAUUCUAUGCAAUUUUGUGGCAUGAUGUUUCUUCCACUUGUAAUUUUAUGUGCUUUCAUCACAAAUCCAAAGGAAAUAAUAAAACUUUCUUAACACAA